AUGAAUUUAAGUGAACAAUUUGAAUUCGUUCUUCGAACUCAGUCCAGAUUGGAUGGCAAAUGGGCUAAAACGGACUUACAGCAAUGUUUUAAUUAUGACGGUUUAUCUUUGCUGUGGAAUGAUAUGAUAAAAGAUGGAGAGCUUACAGGUGCAUUUAGUGAUGGCAUCCUAAACUCUGUUGGAGUGACCUCUAAAAAAGGCGAAAGUGGUCAUUUUUAUUGUGGGUUAAGGGUUUUAACAUGUCUCUGCUGUGAUGGAAUAUGUGGUCCUCAAAGGGGAUGUAAUUGUAGUCCAUGUCAAAAACUUGACAAAGAUGAAGCUAGCAGAAUAGAAAUUGAAGCUAGAAAACCAGACCCUGUUCAACCCCAAUUGGAGAGUUGGAUUUGGGGCCCUCAAGCAACCAAAGAACAAUUAGAAAACUGUAUAUCAUCUUUAAAUUUAGAACAGAAGCUUUUAUGUGGAAACACAGCUGGAAGUACAUUAUCUGCAAAAAGGCUGUUACAAAGACUUGUUGUUUUUCAAAGAUAUUUUAUUGCUUUAAGUAGAUAUUAUCCAUCUGAUCAUAUAAAACCACCCUUGGAAAAGCUGACAAUUCCAGUAAAUUCAAACAUAUCUUAUCAAAACGUAAAAGCUCAUGAUAAAGCUACUCUUGGGCUUGCCAGAGUUGGUACAACAGCCGUUCUUAAUUUUUCAUUUGCUUUUCUUAAAAGAGCAUGGCGAUCAGGAGAAGAUGCAGAUUUAUGCAGUGAAGUUCUUCAAGAAUCUCUGGAGGCCAUGAGAUCUUUACCGGAAGCCACUUUAUUCGAUGAGUCAAAUGUUUCCCCUGUUUGGCUAGAGGUAGUUGAAAAAUCAACUAAAUUUUUACAGCAAGUUGUACUCGGAGAUGUUAAUAGUGGAAGAAUCAGUGGAGAAGUACCUAUAAAUGAUCAGCAUACUGCUUUGUGUUUACUCUUAGAAUUAGCUAUGCAACGUGGAUCUCUAAACCAUAUUUUAAAUUCCGUUUUGCUUUUAUUACGUUUAUGGGAUAAAGGAAAGUAUGAAGUUGAAAAUCGUGUUUUGUCUUCAGGCACGAGUGCUCCAUUGGUUCCACUUUUAAAAAGGUUUCAAAACCUUUUAUCAUUAAAAUCUGAUACGUCUUCUUAUAUUUUCGAAGAAUUUUCUUCGUCCAAGGUUAGCCCAACUGAAUGUUUUUUAAGGUACUGUCAGUUACCAGAAAAUGAAGACGUGAGUGUAGAUUUGCGACAAUCCGCCGUCAUAAUAAUGUCUUAUUUAGAUCGUUUAGCAGCCCCAUACUCCCCAAUGCCUGUUUUUGGAAAGAACCAACUUAAUGGAACCAUUUAUCAAGAAGUAAUGGCUUGGGGUUGGUUAUCGUGGAGUAGUUGUCACGAUUUGGGUACUUCUCCUCAAAGUUGCGACAGUAUUCGUGAAUUGGGUGUAAAACAAAUUGUUUGUGCCGAAAGAUGGCUUUUGAUAUUAACUUUAACCGGAAAAGUUUACAUUAUGUACUACAGCUCGGAAACUCAAUGUCCUGAACAAAUCGAAGGAUUCGACGGUAAGGAAAUAAGCAAAUUAGCAGCACAUGCAGACGGAAAACAUAGCCUUGCUCUUUCCUGCGAUGGAGAUGUGUAUUCUUGGGGAAAUGGAGACGGCGGCAGAUUGGGUCAUGGAGAUAAUAAUUCUCGUGAUCAACCUACGAAAAUAACGGAAUUAGUUGGCAAAAAUGUCAUUCACAUUUCUUGUGGAGCGACGUACAGUGCAGCCGUUACAUCUUCCGGAGAAGUAUAUACUUGGGGUAGAGGAAAUUACGGUAGAUUAGGACACGGAACAAGCGAAGAUCACACUGUUCCAACUCUUGUUGUGGGUUUAAAAGAUUAUUUUAUAGUUGAUAUAGCUUGCGGAAGUGGAGAUGCUCAAACACUGGCAGUUACAAAUACAGGUUUAGUGUUUUCAUGGGGAGACGGAGGAUACGGAAAAUUAGGCACGGGAGGGAGCGACGGUUCAAAGACUCCAAAAUUAAUAGAAAAAUUACAAGAUAUAGAAGUUGCACGAGUUUAUUGUGGAUCACAAUUCAGUUUAGCUUUAACGAAAUCCGGUUCUGUAUAUACUUGGGGAAAAGGAGAUAAUCAUAGAUUAGGACAUGGUUCCGAAAACCAUGUAAGAUUUCCUAAACUCGUCGAAGGUUUAAACGGGAAAUGUAUUAAAAAGGUAGCAGUUGGUUCAGGACACGUUCUAGCAUUAACUGAUGAUGGAGAAGUUUACGGGUGGGGAAGAAAUGACAACGGUCAGGUCGGAGAAACUAGUGAAACAAAUGUCUCAGAACCGACUUUACUUACAUUACUUCAAGGGAAAAAUAUUGUUGACAUUGAUUGUGGGCCUAAUCAAAGUAUUGCUUGGAGUAGCAGUAAUACGUAUAGCAUUAAUCUAAGAGUGGCAUUUGUUGUGGAUAUUUGUGAAGAAACAUUUUGUUGUUUAAAUCAAUUACUAAUGGUUGUUAGCGAAGGGGUUUGUCGAUCUCACGAUUGGCCUCCACCACAGGAUAAGGAAUGCAUGACUGUUGCGUGUUUGAAUUUACUGCGUUUGCAGUUAUACGCUCUUAUUUCACACAAUAUUGAUCCGAAAUGUGUUGGACUUAACCCCGGUUCAAGUCUUUUGACAAGUUUGCGACAGCAAAUAAUGAAUUUGGCAAGUAAAAACGGAGUAGUUAUAACCAUACAAUCAGCAGCACAAGCUGCACUGCAAGUUGGUUGGUCUAUACUUCUGCCCACCGCCGACGAGCGAUCGAAAACGUUAAGUUCUUUAUUACCAAGUGUAGGUACUGAUCCUUCCAAUGUCAGUUCCGGCCAAAGAUUUAUGACUGAUUUAUUAGUUUCUACAUUAAUGGCUGAUGAAGGAUUAGAAACUGCUUUGAAAGCCGCCAUCAAGGGUAAAUGUUCUGUAAAAAAAAAAAAAAAAUUGAUAAAUGAUUACUUGAAAGUUUUAUAUAAUAAAGAUAAAUUUUUUUUUUCAGUUGAAUUACUGAACGCGGAUAAAGACAAAUUAAACGAUUCUAUGGAAGCUAUGGAAGAUGCCAAUCAAAGUAAAGAUCCUUCGAAUCUUGAAAAAAAUACCAGUACGAUACCUUUAUUACAGCUUAUUAAACAACUUUUAAAAAAUGGUUGUUCUUCAACUUUAACCAAGUUACAAUCUCUUACCGGAAAUGGAAGCGAACUUCCGGGUUUGAAUUCUAUGUUCAACAAAGAAAAAUCAGAAAGAAGUCCUAGCUUAAAUCUUUUGCUGAGAUUUCAACGCCUUCUUAUUUGUCAAAUAUAUCCGCAAAGCUUGGAGGAGAGAUCAGCACUAGAUCAGAAUAUAAUUGGAGCUGAAUCGUUAUUACGAAAAUACACUUACCAAUUAUGUAGUCACGCUCUUGAAAUUCUACCUCUGGCUUCCAGCUUGGCAUCUAAAAAUUGGAAAUAUCGUUUUUUAGUUCUUCAAAUUUUAACAACUGAUGUGAUCGACGUCCUGCUUCCAGAAUUUUUAACCAGUUUGGUUUUACUUCAAAUAGAAGUUCCGCUUUUGAUGUAUCAGGUGGAUUGGCUUCAAUUAUUUAAUUCCUUACUCGAUUCCUUGGAUCAGUUUAACAGAUUAAUUAGAGAUAUCGAAAAGGAAGAUUCGGAAGAUUUGUCUUGGCCUGGAAUUUUUGACAUUCAAACUUAUCGAUCUCCGACACAAUUAACUCAAGAAGAUUCUAUGAUUAUUCGCGAAUGCGAUUUGUACAAUCAUAAUCACGAUGGAGGUUUAUGGAUCGUAAUUAAUGGUAAAGUUUACGACGUUCAGGAUUUUAAAUCUCAGGCUCUGUGCGACGGGGAUUUACUUCAACGUUAUGCCGGCAAAGAUGCAACACAAGCUUUCACAUCGGUUAAUCAUUCAUUAUUGGCGAAAGGCAUGAUGACAUCAUAUCUAGUCGGUUCAUUUUUAGAAGAUGAAAAUUUGGAAUAUGAGAAAAGCGUUAUAGUAUCCCCUUUAUUAGAUGCCGAAAGAACUUUGGCUUAUUUAUUAGGAUUACAUUCUUAUUGGCUAACCGAAAGCACACCUCUUCAAGAGCCCGAGGAAGAAGCCAAGGAAUGGUUAAACGCAUCAUUUUUAACAGGUGGAUUACAAAUUUUGCUACCUCCAAAUCCCUACGAAGAAGAAAAGGGAGAAGCUAGGAGUGCUACGUCAACGCCUGGUAAUACUCCUACGGAAGAACCGAAGCAACAUAUUAACGGAUUGGGUCGAUUUAAAAUCGAUCCCGUCAUGUCAUUUUUACAAGCUUUGGCCGAAUAUCGAAUAUCGGAUUCCCAAGUGGACGCUCUUAUUAAUAUAAUUGAUAGAUAUUGUAAACAACAACAUUUCAUGGCUCACGUUGAUUUUUCAAUGGAACAUCCCGUCGAAGAAGUCGGCAGAUUACUCACGGCUAUUUUAAUUAAACAUUUGCAAUUAGGACAAAUCGUCCUUUCCCUAGUUGAGUCUGAACUUAGGAAAGAAGUCAUCAAAGAAAUACCGAAAAAAUUUUCCGAAGUCAUAAAAAUCGUGCACAAUGCAAAAUGGAAUUUGAUAAAAAUGCGCCAGGAAAAAAAUUGUUCGUACAAAGAAGUGGCGACUCCAAUGUUAGAUAAAUGUAGAUUUUUACUAUACGAUGUCAGGGCCGCAACCAGUCACGAAAUUAACGCGUUGAAAAGGCUACAACUUUUACAUACUUUACCACCGUGGAAGAGAAACGUAAAGAAAAUAAUGAGUGAUAUCAGGGAUAGAAAAAAUAUGGUGUCUUCGAAACCUGAGGAUAUUGUAAAUACAUCAAUUCAAAAUCAAAAGGAAAACGACGCGAAAAAAAAAUUCAAAGAAUCCGAUCUUGAGGGAGAUAAAGACACGUGUGUGGAAGAUGAAUCAAGCUGCGGUGAUAACGAUUUAGCCGACGAAUCAAGUGAAAGUAUUAAAGAUAUUGAAAAUUCAAACAUAAAAUAUCCAUCGAGUAUUUUUUUAGAAACCUGUGAUAAAAAUUAUAUAAAUUUACGUAGCGACGAUAGUAAUACCUUGGCUACGAGUAUCGUCGAGUUUAUAAUGCAAGAAGAUUGUCCGAAUGUUGAAAUUCUUAAAAAAUCAAUGUACUGUCAAAUGGAAAGAGUGGAAAUUCGAUUAAGCGGUUUAAAAAUGAUUAGCAACUUGUUACAAAAAACUCAUUUGGUUGCUUCGGUAAAGUAUGCCUUACUGAACGGAUGGUUAGGAAAUUAUCACAAGAGAAAAAUGACGACAUUCAAACCCAUUCAUUUCCUCGACAAUAUUCAAUUGGUCACACCUUAUUACAAAGCUCAGGUGACGUUGGCUCAAUCUAAAAUAUCGUCCUGGGUAAUCGACAUGUUAAGACAAUUCGUAAUAUUUUCCGAUAACAAUCGGAAAAGUAAUGGUUUCGGUGAAAAAGGAAUAUUGAAAGAUUCUUUAAUAGGAUGGACGAAACGCGUUUCCUGGAUAAGAUUCGUAUUAAGCUUGAUUGCAAUUUUAACGAGGACUUACAAAGGUACCGAAAUAAGCUUCGUCAUUAAUUCUGGAGUGCUAUCGUUAUUGCAAACAUUGUUGAAACAAGUUUUUCAAAAGUCCGUUUUGGAACCGAAAAAAGAACAUAAAAUAACGGAGGAAUAUGUGAUUUACGAAGAUUCGGCGGAAAAAUCUAAAGGAGCUGGAACAGCUGUUUCCGGACCUGAAUUAGCAAACAAACUCAAAAUCGGAACUCGGGUGACUCGCGGAGCCGAUUGGAAAUGGGGAGAUCAAGAUGGACCUCCAAACGGAGUUGGUAGGGUUGUUGGAGAGCUGGGAGUUGACGGUUGGGUUCGCGUACAGUGGGAUAACGGUUCGACAAAUUCGUAUAGAAUGGGAAAAGAAGGAAAAUACGAUUUGAAGCUCGUCGAGCCUACUCCCGUUGACGCUGAAACUGAUUCGGAUGAAGAGUCGACAGCUCAGUUGGAAACAAGUUUGUCCGAAAUACGUCCUGAAAAAAUAUUAAAAGAAGCCACAAUUAAUUUUUUAAUCAAUUUGUCGCUUUGUUGCGGUAUAGAGGCCGACAAUGUUCAAACAUCGUCAAUUAAAUUACUAACAGGAUUACUUAGGCACAUUAUUUAUCACGGAAAUAAAACUCCAGAAUCUUCGAAUCAAACGGUUUUUUUUUGUCAAAUGCAACAGUCCAAGUGGGCGAAUCUAGGUUUUGUUCGUGCUAUAGCGUGUUGUAAAUCAAUGGCUGUGGCUUUCACGAGUCCAGCUUGGCUUAAUCUUUUGUUGGCCAUGGCGGGAAAACAAGAUCAUUCUCUUGCCGUGAAUCUUCCUCUUCAAAUUUUGGCUCUAAGAAUGUUAAAAACUGUUUUACCAUACUGGAACACGGAUGCAGCUGCAAAAAUGAAUUUUUUAGAUAAGUUAUUUCAUUUAAUGGGAGUCACCAUUUUAACUUGCAGAGAAGAUGGUAGUUUGCAGAAAGAUUCAAAGCUUUUGAAACCAAGGGUUCCUCUAACAGCCACUUACAGCAGCACUAUCGGGGAAGAAUGUGUUUUACUCCUUAGAACUUUACAUUCCUUACCUGGUUGGGAUAAUUGUUUAAACAAAUUUUUACUAUCCAAACUUGGACUCGCUGGUGAACUUUUAACGAAUAGUCCACUGUUGAAUAUUCAGGUUGGUUUUAAAAAAAAAUUUUUUGGCGAUAAUUCAAUCAAAAUUCAUUCUGAAGUUAUUGCAGCCUUAUCGAUGAUAGGAGGAAUCGAUUCGAGACUUCGGAUCGGAGGUUUGGUUACAUCUGAUUUAAUGGAAGGUCAAGGAACUGUUUGUCGCAUUAGUCAAAGUGGAAAAUUAGUUGUUCAAUUAAAUGAUUCUCUAAAUCAAAAAAAAUUAUCGAUAGGAAAUUGCAAAUCAUUUCCUCAGCUACAAUUCGAUUUGGAAAGAAUGCCCAUUAACGAAAGUUCUCUUGACAUGUGGGGUAAUUUAUUAGCAUACACCACAACCAACAUAAGUGAUAAUCGUCACGCUAGAUCCGUUCCUGCUUUUGUCAAUUCGACGCUUUUAAGAUCACAGCAACAUCAGUUAGCAGCCAUAAAAGCUUGCCGACAACUUUUUCGCCAUCAAAGGAUAUUGAGAAAAAUAUUAAAACAGCCGUCUGUCGAAAUGGUUUUGACACUGGAAGCACUUAACGAAGGAGAAGAUGUCGAAACUAGUUCCGAACAAUUUUUACUUCAAAGAAUGAUGUUGAAAGCCACUCAACCGUCGCCUCUGAAAGCAAUUUUUUGUAAAGAAGAAUUAGAGGUGGCGGCUUUGAAUAUUAGUCAACAUCUAGCAUCCGAAAUGAUAAAUAAAGGAAAUAGAGAAAGUGAAACCGCAACUCCUGCCAGUGAAUGUUCAUUACCAUCCCUUAUUUCGUCCAGUAAUAAACUUCAUAAUUCAAAAAAAAAACCUAGAACUCCAUCACCAUUUCUAACUCCUCUCGUGGAACAAAUCACCGAAAUGGGUUUUAGCAGACGAGGAGUGGAAUUUGCCAUUCGGGCUCUGAGUGCUAACGGAGUUGAUCCAACUGCUGAAAGACUUGUUGCCUGGCUAUUAGAAAAUCCAAAUGUGCCUUUAUCAACAUCGGAUACGAUUUCAUCAUUCGAUGGAUUAUCCGACACCGAUUCAAUGUCUGACGAUAUCGAUGAGGGAAACGUAUCUUAUAAUGAUCGAGGAGUGACUUCUCCAUCUUUUAAUUUAAGAUCGGAUUUUUUGAGCAACGACGAAUAUGCUCUUUACAUUCGGGAUAAUAUAGCUUUGGGUAUGAUCGUUAGGUGUUGUAAAACGUACGAAGAGGUUCACGAAGGAGAUAUCGGGAGAGUUUUGAAAAUAGAUCGGGAAGAAUUACACGACUUGAAUGUCAGGGUCGAUUGGCAGCAAAAAGGUAGUCCGUAUUGGGUGAGAUUUAUUCACAUUGAAUUAGUAGGAUUUCCAUCGUCAUUACCUCCGCCUCCGACGAUUAAAAUCGGUGAUAAAGUCAAAGUUAAAUCGUGCGUUAUAGCUCCGAGAUAUAAAUGGGGAUCCGUUGAUCAUAAUAGCGUCGGUAUUGUUACGAGUAUCAGCAGCAAUUCCCGAGAUUUAAAAGUAGAUUUUCCACAGCAAUCAAAUUGGACUGGAUUGAUUUCUGAAAUGGAGAUCGUCCAGUCGUGCCACGAGGGUAUUCACUGCUACGGUUGUCAAAUGUAUCCCCUUAUCGGCCCGAGAUUUAAAUGUAAAGCUUGCGAAAAUUUUAACUAUUGCGAAAAUUGUUUUUACACGAAAAAAAAUCACAGGCACGGAUUUAUGAGAAUCACUGAACCAGGAAAUGCUGCUGUUUUUGCCGGAAAACCGGGUAAAUAUCAUCAUGCGAAACAAUUGGAAAGUACUCCGGUAGCAGAUGAGGUUGGGAUUAUCGAUGAUUGGGCGAGGUGUAUAAAAACGCUCACGGUUUCAUCCCGGGAAAAUUGGGCUCAUCGUUUACUCGACGAAUCCGGAUUGUUUUGGGAAAGUUGCGGUCCGAAGGAAAAACAUUGGAUACGCCUCGAAAUGCAUCAGGACAUUCUAAUAAAAUCCUUAAAAAUAUUAUUGGAUCCGUUGGAUAAUAGUUACAUGCCGUCUUUAAUUAUAGUUUACGGAGGAGACACGUUUUCUUCUUUGAUCGAACUUGCGACGAUAAAUAUUCGAAACACGGAUACUCUAGUCACGCUCCUAUCGGAUGUCAAAGAAUUUUAUUCCUGUAUAGAAAUAGCGAUUAAGCAGUGCUGGAACGGAGGAAUCAAUUGCAAAAUUCAUUCUCUUUUAAUAACCGGAAAAAAAAGAUUGGUUAAUGACGAACUUCCUUUGAAUGUAUCGUUUUUAGCGACUGAUUACGAAGAAAUUCCAGAAGUGAAAACAUUGAGUGAAACGUCUAGUCAUUCAAAAUUAUGGAGCGACAGUCCGACAAAAGUAUUCGUGUGGGGAUUAAACGAUAAAGAUCAACUCGGAGGAUUAAAAGGAUCAAAAGUCAAAGUACCUGUUUAUUCGGAGAGUUUAACAGCUCUUAAACCAAUUCACAUAGCUGGAGGAUCAAAAUCUUUGUUUAUAGUUUCCUACGAUGGAAAGUUGUACGCAUGUGGAGAAGGUACGAACGGAAGAUUAGGUUUAGGUCAUAGCAAUAAUGUGGCGACUCCAUGUCAAUUGACGUCUUUGAACCAGUACGUGAUUAAAAAAGUUGCGGUUCAUUCGGGAGGAAAGCACGCCAUGGCUCUCACACUCGAUGGAAAAGUAUUUUCUUGGGGAGAAGGAGAAGAUGGAAAAUUAGGUCACGAUAAUCGAUUGAGUUUGGAUAGACCUAAAAUGAUAGAAGCGCUAAAAUCUAAACGUAUCAGAGAUAUUGCUUGCGGAAGUUCUCACAGUGCCGCCAUUUCUUCGACAGGAGAAUUAUUCACAUGGGGUUUGGGAGAAUACGGAAGAUUGGGGCACGGAGAUAAUUUGACGCAGCUUCGUCCGAAAUUAGUGAAAGCACUUUUGGGUCAUCAUAUCGUUCAAGUGGCCUGCGGUUCAAGAGAUGCUCAAACUCUUGCUUUGUCUGCCGAAGGUCUUGUUUUUUCAUGGGGAGAUGGGGAUUUUGGAAAACUAGGUCGAGGUGGAAGCGAAGGUUGUGACAUUCCGCAUAAUAUAGAAAGACUCAACGGAUUGGGAGUUUGCAUGAUUGAAUGCGGAGCACAAUUUUCUUUAGCUUUGACUAAAUUUGGACAAGUUUACACGUGGGGUAAAGGAGAUUAUUUUCGUCUUGGACAUGGUUCCGAUCAACACGUAAGAAAACCUACUCUGGUCGAAAGUUUAAGCGAAAAAAAAAUUGUUCACGUUGCCGUUGGGGCUUUACAUUGCUUAUGUGCUACGGAUCAGGGACAGGUUUAUGCUUGGGGAGAUAAUGAUCAUGGUCAGCAGGGAAACGGUACCAUUCUAGUCAAUAGAAAACCGUCAUUGGUUUUAAAUCUGGAAGGAGUGAGAGUCAAUCGCGUGGCUUGCGGUUCUUCUCAUUCGAUCGCUUGGACGACUUCUGAUACUCAUGCUCCGAACAUGACCGAACCGGUACUUUUUACAGCAUUAAAAGAUCCCCUGGGAGCCCUUUGCUUAAAAACAGAUUCGGUUGUUAAUGAAGAAGAAGAAUCUAAGCAAAAUUCGUCAGCUUCCGCGUCAAAUUCUUACCAUUCAACUCUGUCUCAGUUGGUAUUGCCUCUUGCUUCAAAUGUGGCCAAACAGCAAGCUCUUCAACACAUACUUGUUGCUUUGCAAAUUUUACACGCCAGAGAAUGCGUAGUGGCAGCAUUAUCUAGUCAUAGUAGUAACGUCACAUCUCCACCGCACAUCAAUUUGAAAUAUUCGGCAAACAGUCCCGUCGAAGAUGGUUCGAAUAGUUCAGCAAUUCAAAUUUCUCAAGGUGGCGGUGAAGCUCUAGCAAACGCAAACGAAGCCAUUCCAUCGAGUUCGAGAGUUUCCCCCGAAAGCGAAAUUGAAAAUCCAGUCAUGAUUUUCCAAUCACUAACGAGUUCAGCCAGCCUUUCAUCGAAAAGUUCUAAAUUAUCGGCGAGCGCAAUGAGUGUAAUUGCGGCCACGGUGACUUCACACGCUCAAGUGAUUGGAACAACUGAACCUAAUGAUCCUAGCAUACCUGUUUUAGACGAUUUUUCUUGUUUGCUGAAUCAGAAUGAUGCUAGAGUGCUAGUUGAUUUCUUAAAGUUAGCCGUAGCCGGAAGAGCAGGACCUAAUGCGAAAGAAACAAUUUCUAAUGUUUUGAUUGCAAUGGCGGCUUCUUCCAGUGCCGUAUCUGAUAUGCUAUUAGAAUUAUGCGUGACGGAGUUGGAAGACGUCGCAAUGAACACACAUUCUUUUCAAUCCAAAUUGCAGCCCGUGACUCAAGAAAGUAGUCAUCCCUACAUUAACGGUGUGUCUUUGACCGGCCACGUGAAAAUCCCUGGAGCCGAAGCUUUGCACGUAGAAUUUGACAAACAAUGUUCAACUGAAUUACGUCACGAUCCUCUCGUCAUAAUUGACGGUUCUGGGAAAACGGCUUCCGUUAGAUCUGGAAGAGAAUGGAGUGAUUGGUCAUCUGAAUUAUUAAUAAAAGGCGAUGAGUUGCGUUGGAAAUUCACAACGGAUGGUUCGGUUAAUGGCUGGGGAUGGCGUUUUACGGUUUAUCCGAUAGCCGAACCUAAAAUUUGUAAAGAAUUAGGUUCCGACCGUGCCGUCCUUUCGCAACCUUCAAUGGAACUUGCCAUGUGCUUAUUGGAUUCACGAUUAGGAUUGAGCACAAAUAGAAAUUUAAUUGCUAGAUUGGCAGCCGCAUUGGCAGCUUGUGCCCAGUUAAGCACUCUACUGGCUUCUCAACGGAUUUGGGCAUUACAAGGUCUACGAAGGUUAAUGUCAUCGGGUUUGAGUAAACUCAUAGCCGUUCACACCAUAGACUCUGAAAACAGAGAUUCGGCUCUAUCGACGCUUUUGAAAGGAUUACCUCAAGCUCUUUUACGUCAAUAUGAAUACGAGGAGCCAUUAGUUAAAAAUGGCAGACAUUUAAUGCACAGUUCAUUUUUUAAAGUUUUGGUUGCGCUCGCCUGCGAUUUGGGUUUGGAUUCUUUUUCUCAUUCGUCGGAAAAUCAUCAUAAGUGGUGUUGGUUCCGCAGAUAUUGCAUCGCGUCAAGAGUUGCUUCUUCUCUCAUCAAUCGAAACAGUCUCCCUCAAAAUUUUUGUCUAGAAGUGAAGAAAAAAAUAGCGGAAAUGAUUCCAGAUGAUGAAACAAUACAAUGUCAUCACGAAGAUCACGCACUUUUCAAGCAAGAACAAGAUCGACAACUUUUGCUUUGGUUAAAUAGAAAACCCGAGGAUUGGACUCUGACGUGGGGUGGUAGCGGAACGAUAUACGGAUGGGGACACAAUCACAGAGGACAACUUGGAGGAGUCGAAGGGCCUAAAGUGAAAAUUCCAACGUCUUGUGAAGCCUUGUCCGCUUUAAGACCAGUUCAACUUGUCGGAGGAGAACAAACUUUAUUAGCCGUAACAUCCGACGGAAAAGUUUAUGCGACUGGAUACGGUGCCGGAGGACGAUUGGGUCUCGGUGGCACGGAUACAAUUUUAACGCCGACUCUUUUGGAAUCCAUACAACAUAUUUUUAUUAAAAAAGUUGCCGUCAAUUCCGGUGGAAAACAUUGUUUGGCACUUUCAACCGAUGGUAAAGUUUAUUCCUGGGGUGAAGGUGAUGACGGUAAACUUGGUCACGGUAACAAAAACGGUUGCGAUCAUCCUCAAUUAAUAGAUGCUCUGCAAGGAAAAGAAAUUGUUGAUAUCGCGUGCGGUGGCGCUCACUCGGCUGCCGUCACGGCUGGCGGAGAAAUUUACACGUGGGGCAAAGGUCGCUACGGUCGGUUGGGUCACGGAGACAGCGAAGAUCAAAUGAAACCGAAAUUGGUCGAAACCUUAAUUGGAUUUAAAGUGAUUGACAUUGCUUGCGGAAGCGGAGAUGCUCAAACUCUUUGCAUAACAGACGAUGAUAACGUGUGGUCUUGGGGAGAUGGCGAUUAUGGAAAAUUAGGUCGCGGAGGGUCGGACGGUUGUAAAAUUCCAAUGAAAAUAGAAUCGUUAGCCGGACUCGGAGUAGUGAAAGUCGAAUGCGGAUCACAAUUUUCAGUAGCACUCACUCGAUCUGGAAGUGUGUACACGUGGGGAAAAGGAGAUUACCAUCGACUGGGUCACGGAUCCGACGAACACGUUCGCCAUCCUAAAAAAAUCGCAGCACUUCAAGGGAAAAAAAUUAUUUGCAUUGCCACGGGUUCUCUGCAUUGCGUAGCUUGCAGCGAUUUAGGAGAAGUUUUUACGUGGGGUGACAACGACGAGGGUCAACUCGGUGACGGUACCAUGAACGCUAUUCAUCGUCCUCGUUUGGUGGUUACACUCCAAGGAAAAAAUAUAAAUCGUGUCGCUUGCGGCUCUGCGCACAGUUUAGCCUGGAGCACUAACAAAUCUACUUCGGCAACUCACCUUCCAGUUGAUGCUCCCAUGGAAUACGAUCUCGUACGUGAUAUUUCAUUGCCGACUCUUAGAAAUCGUUUGGUUUUGCUUCAUCAUUUUUCCGAGCUAGUCAGUCCCAACGUGGCAAUGUUCCCAAUGGAAGGAGAAGGAAGUUUGGAUCAACUCAGAGAUAUUUUAGUAUAUUCGGUGAAAGAAGCUACUUUCAGAAAGGUUAUACAAACUACAAUGGUGAGAGACAAACAACAUGGACCCGUCAUCGAGCUUAAUAGAAUUCAAGUAAAAAGAUCUCGUAGCAAAGGUGGUUUGGCCGGGCCCGACGGCAUGAAAUCAGUUUUUGGACAAAUGGUUAAUAAAAUGUCUCUACUCACUCAGGAAUCACUAUUUCUUCCUCACAGAGUUUGGAAAGUCAAGUUUGUCGGAGAAUCCGUUGACGAUUGCGGAGGAGGUUACAGUGAAAGCAUUGCCGAAAUGUGUGACGAACUCCAAAAUGGCUCCCUACCACUUUUGAUCGUGACUCCCAACGGUCGAGACGAUACUGGAACGAACAGAGAUUGUUUUCUACUAAAUCCAAACGCCAAAACCACUCAUCAUUUACAAAUGUUUAAAUUUUUGGGUAUAUUAAUGGGAAUCGCCAUAAGAACCGGAAGCCCUUUAAGCCUUAAUCUUGCCGAGCCUGUAUGGAAACAAUUAGCUGGAAUGACUUUAACUCCUGCUGAUUUGACGGAAAUAGACAGAGAUUACGUUCCAGGACUUCUUUGCAUUCGAGACAUGGAUCCAUCGGAAAAAGUUUUCCAGACAUUAGAAAUGCCUUUCUCGACUCCAUCCGCUUCAGGUGUUGACGUGCCUUUAUCAACAAGAUAUCGUUACGUGACGAUAGAUAAUCGACAGGAAUACGUACGAUUAGCUUUAAAUUGCAGGUUGCACGAAUUCGAUAAACAAAUCGCUGCCGUGAGAGAAGGUAUGGCCAAAGUCAUUCCGGUUCCGUUGCUUUCACUCUUCAGCGGCUACGAGUUGGAAACAAUGGUCUGCGGAUCGCAAGACAUUCCGUUAAACUUACUAAAAUCGGUUGCCACGUACAAGGGUAUAGAUGCGACCGCACCUCUCGUCCAAUGGUUUUGGGAAAUCAUGGAAGAUUUCACGAAUCAGGAAAGGUCGUUGUUUUUAAGGUUCGCGUGGGGAAGAACGAGGUUGCCAAGAACUAUUGCCGAUUUCAGAGGAAGAGAUUUUGUUUUGCAAGUUUUGGACACGUACAAUCCUCCGGAUCAUUUUCUACCGGAAAGUUACACGUGUUUCUUCCUUUUAAAAAUGCCAAGAUAUUCUUGCAAGUCCGUUUUACAGCAAAAAUUAAAAUACGCGAUAAAUUUUUGCAAGUCGUUGGAAACGGACGAAUAUGCGAGAGUGGCAAUACCUGGAAAUGCCAUAGUAUCGACAAGCAGCGACAGCGACGACAUGGAAAGCAUAGCCAGCGACGGUCCCAUCUCAGUUUAA